AUGUUACUCGAUAUUACUGCGCAAUUAACAAGAGUUGUUCUGAUUUUAUUGGUAAUUUUUGGAACAAUAGGUAAUGUUUUGGAUUUAUUUAUAUUUACUCGUCAUAGAUUUUUGCAUUCAUCAUGUACAUUAUAUUUUAUUGCUGCUUCGAUUGACAAUAUUCUAGCCAUUUAUUUAGCAAUACUUAAUAGACUUCUUAUUGAUGGAUUCUCUAUUGAUGUUGGAUCUUUAUCACCAAUUAUAUGUAAAUUAAGAGUUUAUGUUGGUUAUAUGGUUUUAGCUUUAUCUCCUUAUUUUUUUAUAUUGGCUUGUUUUGAUCGAUAUUGUUCGAGUUCACCAUCAAUAAUACAUCGUUCUUGGAGUAAUAAAAAAACAGCAAAACGAUGUAUUUGUGGAGCAAUUAUUCUAGCUGCUAUUCUUUAUUUACAUAUGCCGAUAUUUUUUCAAAUUCAAUCAAAUGGAUCAAAUAUAAUUUGUUAUCCUCAACAAGGAAUUUAUGAUUCAUUUUGGAGAAUAUUUUAUUUAGUUAUCUAUUGUUUUUUUCCAUCAAUUUGUAUGAGCCUAUUAUGUUUACUUAUAGCGAUUAAUAUUCGUCAUCAAUCUCGUCAAAUUAGACCAGCACUAGCAAAUAUAGGCGAUCUUCAUCGACGUCUUGAUCGUAAUUUGAUUCGAAUAUUAUUUUCACAUUUUUUAACACAAACUUUAUGCAUAUUACCAUUUGCUAUUCUUAAUCUUCUAGGCAUGUUUGUUAAUAGAAAUGCAAUUAUAUAUGUGUUUUUUUCAAGAAGUUUUACACUUCCACUAUUUGCUAGUUAUACAACAAAUUUUUAUGUAAAUACAAUGUCAUCUCGAAUUUAUCGACGAGAAUUUAUGAAAUUAUUUUCAUUUUGUAAAUGGAAAAUAUUUAGAGAUAACCAAAAUAUAGGUCCAGUAUAA